ACCGCCUUAGCGUCGUAUGAAAAGCUUCCACUUGCUUUGCAAUCUCAAAACCCUUCAAUUAAUGUGGCAUAUAAAAACUAUUUCUUACUGUUUGUUUGCAUGAAUCAUUUUCAUUUUCCUAUCUCAGUGAAAUAGCUUCGAUCCUCGUGCACGGUGCAACUCUCUCUCUGCCCCUUUUCCUUCGUAGUCAUCUCUUUCUUCUACCUCCACCUCUAUAUCUGUGUCAUUCCUCAGCCCGUUUCCUUACCCAUUUACCUCCUCAAAAGACCAGGGUCUUAACCCUCCCUCCCUCUCCCCGUAAUCUCUUUCUAGGAGUUAAAAGAAGUCAUUUUUUUGCUAUUUCCAAAGACAGAAAACCCCAAACCCACACACCCUCCCACGCAUCUCUUUCACGCUCAUUGACGACAUGGAUUCUUCUCCUCAGAACUGGCUCGGCUUCUCUCUUUCCAACCACACCAACUCCCACUUGCCCCCUGACUCGUCCCCACUCUCCCUCUUCCAAGCCUUCACCUCCUCCGCCCCAGGUUCAACAUCUCUCUCCAUCUCUCCCAACGUCCCCACGCAUAUGCAUGCCGACACAAUCACACAUGACGUAGAGACCGAUCGAUACGUAUCCUUGUUCGAUCAUAUCCUAUCUUAUUUCUUUUUUCUUUAUUCUAUCGCAGGUACUGUUGUCGACGCAAGGCCAGAAGAAGAUGCAACUGCUGGUGCAACCGACCUCUCCAUGUUCACUGCCGGUCCGAAGCUUGAGGACUUUCUCGGCUGCUCCACCGUCACAGCCGGAACUGCACCGCUGGCACAGUUUUCUAGUGAGACUCCCAUGACGGUGACUAUUUGCGAGCCCGAGAUGUACGACUCUGAGCUCAAGACCAUAGCCGCUAGCUUCCUCCGAGGGUUCUCCACCCAACAGCAAACCCAAGCCCAGAAGCAGCAGGUGGCUCCAGCUGACCUGCCGCCCAAGAAAACCGUAGACACGUUUGGCCAACGUACCUCCGUCUACCGCGGAGUCACCCGGCAUCGGUGGACGGGUAGAUAUGAAGCUCAUCUGUGGGACAACAGUAGCAGAAGAGAAGGGCAAAGUAGGAAAGGAAGACAAGUUUAUUUGGGUGGGUAUGAUAAAGAAGAGAAAGCUGCAAGAGCUUAUGAUCUGGCAGCUCUCAAAUACUGGGGCAAGACCACUACAACCAAUUUCCCAGUUUCUAACUAUGAGAAAGAACUGGAAGAUAUGAAAAACAUGAGCAGGCAGGAGUUUGUUGCUUCUCUUCGAAGGAAAAGUAGUGGGUUUUCCAGAGGAGCCUCUAUCUACAGAGGCGUCACGAGGCACCAUCAACAUGGUAGAUGGCAGGCAAGAAUAGGAAGAGUUGCCGGCAACAAAGAUCUUUACCUCGGCACUUUCAGCACCCAAGAAGAAGCAGCUGAGGCCUAUGACAUUGCUGCUAUCAAAUUCAGAGGCCUUAACGCUGUGACCAACUUUGACAUGAGCCGCUAUGACGUUAAGAGCAUUGCCAACAGCAAUCUUCCCAUCGGUGGAGGCAAAUCAAAGACUUCUUCGGAGUCCUUUUCUGAUAGCAAGAGCAUUGACGGUAGCCGAUCGGACGACCGAGAUCUUUCCUCGGCGUCCUCCGUAGCAUUUGCAUCGCAGCCCUCGACCUCUGCCUUAAGCUUUGCAAUACCCAUCAAACAAGACCCAUCAGAUUACUGGUCCAUUCUUGGUUACCAGAACAGUUCUCUUAACAAUGCUAAGAACGCUAGCGUUGCACCACAUUUAUUCCAGUCUUCGGUCAAUGGUUCCGCCUAUCACAGCAACACCACACUGCCCUUCAGCAUGGAUUUUUCUGCAACUUCCAGCUCUGCCAACGAAAGCAGUAGUGGGUUCUUCAAUGGAGGUUAUGCUCAGCAUCAGAACAGUGCUACUCCAAUCCAAUAUGCCACACCAGUUGCCAUAAGUAGUAACAUUAAUGGUUAUAAUGAGAGUUCCUCCAGUUAUGCAGGAAGCAGCUGGAUUGGGCCGGCUCUGCACACAUUCCAAACUCAUGCAAAGCCAACUCUUUUUCAGACGCCAAUUUUUGGCAUAGAAUGAGCGCACAAGAUCAGGACGAGAAUCCGGGCAAAUUAAAGUGUUAAUAAAUUAAGCAUAUGGGGGUCAACUUUAGUUGAAAAUAGAGUGGCGGACUGACAAUCAUAAUUCGUAGGAGCAGAGCUAGUUGACACUGUACUGACUGAAGUUCUUUUUUAUGGUCAUGGUGGUUCUUUUUCUGGAUUUUCCAUUUUUAUUAUUUUGCCUCUUUUUUAAACUGACAUGAUUUACAUGGGUAUAACGGGAAAGAAUACUUUUGUAAUCCUUCCAUCUUAAUGUUGGUAUUAAAUUUUCAAUGUGAAAAAUUUCAGCA